CGACAGCGUCGACGUUCCAAGUGUCAUCGUUUAGGUAAUUGGAUUGCAAGACGGCACAAGCAGAAAUAGCUCAAUAAAAUCAGCCUAGCGCACAGGUGCAUUUAUCUUACCGAAACAAUGAGUUUUGUAAGUGUUGUAAACUUUCUGAGACAAUCAUUGCAUCGAGCAGAGUCCAUCCUGUUUGACAUCGCUGGUCUGGAAAGAAACCUUGUGCCAGCUUUGGCAGUCCAUGGUCCAAGUGUGUUACCCCGUCCUGAACAUGAUGGAAGUUCAACGCCCAGUUUUCUGGACAGCAUAUUUUGGAUGGCCGCUCCGAAAAAGAGACGAACAAUUGAAGUCAACCGAACAAGAAGAAGAGAUCCUAGCAAACUAAUGAAAGUCCAGACAAACAUUGAGCCGUGCCUGGAGUGUGGCCAUCUGAAGCAGAAGCACACCUUGUGUGGGUACUGCUACGCCAAGGUGCGCAGGGAGACGGGCGAGAUCCGCAAGGUCAUCUACGCCAUGGAGGGCAAGCCCCUGAACACGCCCGCCACGGAGACCGUUGUGCUGUACGAGGGUGAGGCGGCCAGGGAUGUCGACCAGGACAAGAGGAUAGUGGAGCGGCCCAGAAAACGCCCGUCGUGGUUCAACCUCAGCUAAGCACAGGUGGACUGUUGUGGGUUUUUUUUUUCUUCUUAUUUGUCUGACUGUGAGGUCGCUGUGUUGUGUGCAUUUACAAUAAAUUAUGUCUGUACAUGUAGACAACAGUGUU